AUGUUUCAAGCUAAUGCCAAGAGCAGGAGACCAAAAUUCUUGCUAUAUGUGAAGUUCAAUGAACUUAUGAACAUCCCACAAUCGGAUGGGAUGUGUUCUGUUCGUUGGACGUUAAAAGAUGGUACUGGUACCUCAGGCCAUGGUUUUGGUUCAGAGUUGGAAAAUAAGUUGACUACAACUCCUGGUGUUAACCAAAGUCGUGGUCAAUCUCCAAAGGCUCGAGUCUCUCGCCAUAAAGCUGUUUGGAAUUACGAAUUGCCAAACCCAGUUCAAGUCAAGUUGCAAGUCGAUAGAAAUGGCCAUAUUAGUUCCAAGGUCCUACAUCUAGAUGUAUAUUUGGAUCCAGCCCCAACCAGGUCAAAUUCAGUACAUGUGCCUUCUUUACCAAGACCAAGUACCGCUAGUAAUUUCUCAUUUGUUCCUGGUACAGGUUCUGAAAACCCAAUUAAAUCAAAUACCAAAAGAAUGUUCAUGGGUUACGUCUCUCUAAAUAUUGCAGAUUACAUUCGUGAGGACGAGGUAUACAGUACAAGUAGAUUCUUAUUGAAGGAAUCAAAGGUUAAUUCGAUUAUUAACAUGUCAGUAAGAAUGGAAAUUGUGCGUGGUACUUAUAACGACUUCGCAAUUCCAAGAAACUCAAAAAGUAGGAUCCAUGGAAGUUUGAAUACUGAUUUAAAUGACUUACUAGAAGGUUCUACCGAAAUAGCUUCACCUAUUUCUUCUUCAAGUAGACAAUUUGGAGAUUCCACUAAUGACGCUAAUGGACGUCCCUUAUCUAUGAUGUCAUCAACAAUAAAUAAUUCAGGUUCAACAAUGUCAUCUGCUAAUAUGAGUCCUUUGGUUGACCAAUUGUACCAAAGCUCGUUCGAUAUUUCCUGGGAUCCAAGACCUGGUGAGUACACCCCAAGAGAUUGUAUAGAUGAUCUAUUAAAAGGUGGCAAUGGAUGGGCUAAAAAUGAAGAAGGUGUCAAUUUAAUUGAUAUGAGUGAAAGGACACAGAAGAAGUAUGACUUAACCUCUAACGAUUACCCAAUGUUAUGA